AUGGGAUCACGAAUACGUGGAGCAUUUAUUGUAUUUGAAGGAUGUGAUAGAGCUGGUAAAAGUUUGCAGUCUAGAAAAUUGGUGGAACGUAUCAAAGCUGCAGGAGGGGAUGUAGAUUUAAUUUCAUUUCCUGAUCGUUCAAGCGACUUAGGUAAAUUUAUUGAUCGUUAUUUGAAAAAGGAAGUUGAAAUGGAUCCCAAGGAAGCGCAUCUAGUAUUCGCAGCAAAUCGACAAGCACUUAUGCCUUUGAUGAUGAAAAAGCUGCUUAAAGGAACACAUUUAGUCGUUGACCGAUACGCUUAUUCAGGCAUUGCCUAUACUCUGGCUAAAGGAGCUGACAACAUAACAAUGGAGUGGGCAAAACUGGCUGAUAUGGGUGAGUUAAGACCUGACUGUGUUAUAUAUUUCAAUCUUUCAUUCGAGGAAGCACAAAAGAGGAGUGGAUUUGGUGAUGAACGUUUCGAUUUUGGCAAUUUUCAAGGGAAAGUCAGUAAAGUCAUGGAACAGUUAGCUGAUGAAGAUAGAGAUUUGUGGAAAGUAGUGGAUGCCUCCUUGACUGUUGAAGAAAUAUCCGAAAAUGUGUGGAAUUUGGUGGCACCAAUUUUGGAUAAUGUGAGCAGAAAGAGCCUUAUGUUUCUCUGA